CCCCGGGCCGCGCUCUGACAAAACCUAAUUUUCAUCCUUCACAUCCACCUCGACCUAAUGGCACCACCCGUUCACACCGAACUCUCAUCAAGCGAUUCCGAAAAUGAGGCCCCAGAGGCUGUCUCUCUCUCUCAAACAAAAGAAGUUUCCAGAAGUCGCGAAAAGACACUUCGAGAGCAUCAACUAGCCGAACGGGAAAAGCAACGAGCGAAAAACAGGGAAAGAGAUCGUAUAUUGAAGGAGCAGGCUUUGAAGAGUAAAAAAAGAAAAGGAAAAGACACGGAGGACGGGGAAGAGCGUAACGAUGCAGAAACCAGAAUGCUACGAGCUAUGCAGCAAGCUGAAGAAGAAAGUGAGGAGGGUGAGGACUCGGAUGAGGAUGGUGAAAGUGGCGAGCUAGAUUUCGAAGUCGAGGACGUUCAGGAUGGGGAGGGCGAUGACGAAAGUUCUGAAAACGAAGGCGAGGAAGAUGAGCAGGACGACGUGGAGAUGGGUCAGGAUGAUUCAGAAAGCGAGUCUGAAGCGCUACACUCUAAUACUACCACAACACCCUCAAAAAGGUCCACCCGGCUGCCAGACCACGUAUUUAAGGCAGCAGCAACAACAGCAACUUCUUCGUCACGCAAGAAGUCAGUCCCGAUAAAGGACUCACCGAAAUCCUCGCAAAAGACAUCGCGAAGGCGGAAAAAAUCUAGUAGUAAAGGCCCUAAGGAGGCUGUUAUCGGUGGACGAACUGUAAAAGUCCUUGCAUCAGCAGAUGGCUUCCCUACUUCCUCCUCGUCGAUGGUGCCUUCUGCAAAAAUAAAAAGGUUCCUCGACCGUAGUCUUUCGCUUAAAGGUACCAAGUCAAAGAGUCGCGGUUGGGAACGUCGUCCAGUGAAUAUUGGAAGCAUGCGACGGCAAGGUCCAGUAGCAAAUUUUGUUCGGAAUUCGUAGGCCCACGUCUUGACGCUCUUACUUGUACCAUCUGGUAUCUGUGCCCAUCACGUUCCUUUGUCUGCUAGAAGGAGGCUUAGCGAAAUGACGUCCGACGUAUCAUGAUUCACAUCUACAGUAAUUAUACAAUGUUGCAUAAAUCGUACCACACUAAAUCUCUGCGACCAAAAAAGCUAGUUCUUCUUAU